ACAACUUGCUUGGGAGCGGUGCAGACCCGCGUGCGCGCUCGUAUCUCUGCAGGUUUUCUUUGCAAAUCCCCUGCAGGCAGAGUUUGCUCAACUAGUUGAACUGGCUCUUUCUGUCUUGUUUUUUUGGCAAACGAAGAAUUUCCUUCCUGAUAAAAACGGACGGCGGGCGCCCCGAUUGGGUGCCGUGUUGGAGAGGAUGUGACAUCAGGCACAUCUCUCGCUUCGCCGGAUCGCUGGCUGCCUACCAGGGCAGUCAGGGAGCCGUUUCGUUAAAUCCCAACCCAAGUACUCGAGUUUCUGCACAAAGUGCUGUCGGCACCACAUCCCAGUCUGCUGCAAGGUCUGUUUGACUCGUGCGUGCAGAGUCUGCUUAAUAGAUCACUCCCACUGCUGGGGGCUCGCCGGGACGAUGGAAUUUGAACUCUGGAGACCAACCGCGAAGUGAAAAAACAGAAAUUGGACAGACGGGGCUGAGAUGGAUGAUGAGGGAACAAAUCAAAGCGCCAGCAAAUUGCAAGGAGCUGGAGGCCAGGCAUCUGCAACAUCUCUAUCAAACCCGCUGAUGAGGGACUUUGUUUCAGACUGGUCUCCUUUACACGAUGCCUCUAUCCACGGGCGUCUGCUUACUCUGAAGAAACUCAUCAAACAGGGGAGCGAUGUUAAUCUUGUUACAGCAGACCAGGUGUCUCCUCUUCAUGAAGCCUGCCUAGGGGGUCAUGCUGCUUGUGCCAGUGUCCUAUUAAAACAUGGUGCUCAGGUGAAUGGAGCUACUGUCGACUGGCACACUCCGUUGUUCAGUGCUUGUGUCAGUGGCAGUGUGGCUUGCUUGAAUUUAUUGCUGCAGCACGGAGCCAGCCUACACCCGCCCUGUGACUUGGCAUCCCCCAUCCAUGAAGCUGCUAAGAGAGGUCAUGUGCAAUGUGUCGAAUUCCUCGCAUCCCGUGGGGUAAAUAUAGAUCACAACAUCAAGCAUCUGGGUACUCCGCUUUAUGUAGCUUGUGAGAACCAGCAAGUGAACUGUGCCAAGAAGCUUCUUGAGUCAGGAGCAAAUGUGAACAGCGGCAAGGGCCUGGACUCCCCUCUGCACGCAGCCGCCAGGAAUCGCAGUGCAGAGCUGGUGACACUGCUGAUUGACUUUGGAGCGGACAUUUGGGUGAAGAACGAUGAAAGCAAGAGGCCGAUGGAACUGGUGCCACCUGGCAGUCCUGUGGGCCGACUGUUCCUGCAGAAAGAAGAAACACAUCCUGCUGCCACAAACCAAAGUGCAGUUAAAACCACCCUGCUGUCCCGGGCGCUCCCGUGGGAAUAUCGGCUGCCUGAUACAUGCGGGAGCGAGGAUGCUGAAGCUCCGGCUCUUCUGCUUGCCACCCUGUCUCCUCUCCGGCUCUGGACCGUGAUGGAUCUGCAUCACCCGGGAGCAGCAGCGCGCCCACCACCUCCCCUGAGGGGCUACCUCCUACCCCCUGCGUUGGAGGGGCAGGCCACGUGCUUCAGCGCUUUUGGAAUUUCUUUUCUUUUUCACUUAGCUGUGGACACUCCUGCAAGAGUGGGCUUGGUGUGCGAAAACCGUGACAACAUCGUUAACGCCAGCAAUGAGAUAGACGGAGUCCUCAUCUCGUAAGUGGAGAGAUGGGCAGCCUUCAAAUACACAAACUUAUUUUGGCGUUUACUAGUGUGCUGGUGUGUGCGGUGCAAGUCUUCCUUUCACAUAGGGGAAGUUAAAGAGGAUAGGUCAAAUGCUACCUGGAUGCUCAUGUUUGGUGUAAAUUACAAUUUAAAUCCUCAGCCGGACAACGUGACUGCUUGCUAUAGGUAUCCAGUAUGAUGGUUUGAUUUUCUUGUGCUGACCGAACACAGCAAGAGCAGUUCUCUUGGUUUUGUGGGAUACUAAAUUGUACUCCAAUGGGACAAAGUGACAAACACAAUUAGGUCUGGAACUCCCCUUGUGAUAGAGGCACCUAAAAAUCUUCACUUAUCUGACCCGAUUCAUCACACAUAAUUUGAGCCACGUAAAAAUUCACUGGCUGGUUUAAGAUGGCCUUCUAUAUUCUUUCCCUCCUGCUGGGGAAGAAAAAUAGACACCGGUCUUCAUAGGCUGAAUAAAAGCAGGCAUCUUGGAUGGGAAAGGAGGAUCCUUCUAAAAUCAGUAUCUUGGUUAAGCUGAAUUUGCAUUGAACAGGCAAGGAACAGACAACAAUCCUAGUGCUUAACUUUUGAAGAUUAAAGUGUGAAGAAUCCCUGGUUGGGUGACACAUCUGAAAGCUGAAGAUCCAGCUUAUUAUAUUUCAGAAGAUGAAGAACCAUUUUUUUACAUACUAGUUUUAUCAUUUACCCUUAAGCAUCUUAUUUUGUAACUUUAGCCCAUGGGUUUAUAGGAGUAAUGCUAAUACCAGGAGAAAAUUGCUCUUAGAAGGUGGUGAGAGUGUUGCUUCUAGAUUGCUUUUCUUCUGGAAAUUUCAUAGUGUGACUCUGUUUACUUGAAUACCUCUGAUCAAGUGUAAUUAGGAUGAUUUCUGUAUGCUCAGCUUGUACCAUCUCAGUAUGUUUGAUUAUUUAUUUUAAUAUAAAUUGUGAUCAACACUGGCAAAUUACAGCUUUAUUCAUCAACAUUUAUCCAGUUAUAAACUGUAAAAGUUGUACAAGAUGCAAACUGAAGAAGCUCAUAUAGGUGAGGUUUGGAUCUGUUUCUGUAUUUGAAACCAUUCCAAAUGUAAUGCAGGACUUGAAAGAUUGUCAGCAAUAUAUUUUACCAGAUUCUUUGCUGUUAUUUUGUUAGCAGUUUAAUGGUAGUCAAGCCACAAUUGCAUAGGAUAUUUGCUCAAAAAUAAAUGGUUUAUAAAUGG